AUGGACUUCACAAACAGUUCCAGCAACAACAGCCCAGCGGGGACUCCCUUGUCUACCGUUUUGCUUGUUGCGGUGGUGGAAAGUGCUCUGAAUAACACGCGUGUGGCGCCCUAUGUCCUCGAUCAAUUGCUUGCUCUGAGUGCUCCUUACCUAUCUACCACAGCGCAGGUAAGCCAGGAUCUUUGCCUCCGGUACGCCACCGAACUACAGACACGGGAAUUGGGCCAUUUCUUCAAAACCCGUGAGAAUUCCAGCGAGACAAACUUCAUACCCGCCUUCCUUUUCACCUCCUUUCUCAGGGUUCACGUCCUAUACAAUACUUUUGGAGACCAUCUGGAGAAUCUAGGCGAGCUCGCUAGCACGUUUGUAGAAUAUGCGCGAGUUCACCUGGGAAUCCGCACCGUGACGGCCGAUUACUGGCCCUAG